AUGGUUGCUAUCAUGGAGAGACACAGCGAGGAAAAGGGAUUCUGGGUCGAGGAAGGCCCUGCGACAGUUUUCAGUGGAAAAUUGAUGAACGAGAUCGGAUGCCGUCCAAUUCACCUCGGAGAACAGAAACUGUAUUACCUGAUUUUCCCCUUCGUCGACGACACCGGGGCCGACUUCAUGACUCUUAUGGAAUCGGAUAUCAUCGAUCUCAUAGAUAAUAACCAGCAAAAUGACAUCACCGUGGCAUUCCCAAAUCGCAUCAACGUGAUACAAAUCCAGACAAUCACUGGCACAGACGAAUUUCUCGACCAUCACAGGAUGGAGGUCGCGCUUGCUGACGGGAAUGGUGACCUGAUAGAUGUCCUCAUGGUGGAGGAUCCACUUGGUCCGACCCCGAACAGAGUCAAUGGACCAUGGAUUCGAUACAAGCUGCACAUGGCUAAUGCUCCGACUGCCACAGCCACGAGGUGGAUUUUCCGCAAUAAAACUGCUCUGGCAAACGGAACAGCUGUGGGCAUCCCUGUGGCGAACAGAGUUCUUCCUCCAUAA